AUGCACGUGCGCGCGGGGCGCCCCGGGGCCCUGGCGGCGGCGGGCUGGGCGCCCCUGCUGCUGCUGCUGCGCGCCGCGCUGGCCGACUUCGGCCUGGACAACGAGGUGCACUCGAGCUUCAUCCACCGGCGCCUCCGCAGCCAGGAGCGGCGGGAGAUGCAGCGCGAGAUCCUGUCCAUCCUGGGCCUGCCGCACCGCCCGCGCCCGCACCUCCAGGGCAAGCUCAACUCGGCGCCCAUGUUCAUGCUGGACCUGUACAACGCCAUGGCGGGGGAGGAGGGCGGCGCGCCCGGCGGCCAGGGCUUCUCCUACCCCUACAAGGCGCUCCUCAGCACCCAGGGGCCGCCGCUGGCCAGCCUGCAGGACAGCCACUUCCUCACCGACGCCGACAUGGUCAUGAGCUUCGUCAACCUGGUGGAGCACGACAAGGAGCUCUUCCACCCGCGCUACCACCACCGGGAAUUCCGCUUCGACCUGUCCAAGAUCCCGGAGGGGGAGGCUGUGACGGCGGCCGAGUUCCGCAUCUACAAGGACUACAUCCGAGAGCGCUUCGACAACGAGACCUUCCAGAUCAGCGUCUACCAGGUGCUGCGAGAACACCUGGGCAGGGACUCCGACCUGUUCCUGCUGGACAGCCGGACCCUCUGGGCCUCGGAGGAGGGCUGGCUGGUGUUCGACAUCACGGCCACCAGCAACCACUGGGUGGUCAACCCCCGGCACAACCUGGGCCUGCAGCUGUCGGUGGAGACCCUGGACGGGCAGAGCGUCAACCCCAAGCUGGCGGGCCUCAUUGGGCGGCACGGGCCCCAGAACAAGCAGCCCUUCAUGGUGGCCUUCUUCAAGGCCACCGAGGUCCACCUCCGCAGCGCCCGCUCCACAGGGGCCAAGCAGCGCAGCCAGAACCGCUCCAAGCCGCCCAAGAACCAGGAGGCCCUGCGGGUGGCCAAUGUCGCCGAAAACAGCAGCAGUGACCAGCGGCAGGCCUGCAAGAAGCACGAGCUCUACGUCAGCUUCCGCGACCUGGGCUGGCAGGACUGGAUCAUCGCGCCCGAAGGCUACGCGGCCUACUACUGCGAGGGGGAGUGCGCCUUCCCGCUCAACUCCUACAUGAACGCCACCAACCACGCCAUCGUGCAGACGCUGGUGCAUUUCAUCAACCCCGAGACGGUGCCCAAGCCCUGCUGUGCGCCGACGCAGCUCAACGCCAUCUCGGUCCUGUACUUCGACGACAGCUCCAACGUCAUCCUGAAGAAGUACCGCAACAUGGUGGUGCGGGCGUGCGGCUGCCACUAG